CUGUUCUUUCUGCUUUUUAGGUUUGCUCCUAAUCAUGUUUGUGUUCUUCAUAUUAUUUACAUCAAGCUUUGUUGCUCUGGAUGCUUUUUGUCCAGUAUUGUGUAACUGCACAAUAAAGGACUUCAUUGCUUGCUCGGGAACAUCAAUUAGAGAUAUUGCUGCAUUAUCCAUACCUUCUGAUGUUACGUAUGUUUAUAUAGGCCACACUGAAGCUACAGAACUGACCAAUACCAGCUUUCAAGAAACACCUAUAACUGUACGUUUGUUUCUCGAAGGAAACCAUUUUUCCUUUAUAGAAUCUGGGGUUUUCCAAAAAUUCCCUCUUCUGAAAUCUCUGAAGCUGUCCAACAAUAAUAUAAGAAGUCUACCUCCAGGAAUAUUCCACAGAUUAUUUCAUCUGGAGCAGUUAAUCCUUGAACGGAAUGCAAUAUCUGAUCUUGAUCCAUAUAUAUUUCAAAACCUGACAGACCUAGAACAGCUCAUGUUGAACAGAAAUAUGCUUAGACAAUUGCCUGCUGGGUUACUAGAUCAUCUUGUAAAUCUUCAAAUACUAUAUUUAUCCAGAAAUAAAUUGGGCUCUUUGCCAAAGUAUAUAUUCAACUCGUUGUUCAAACUGAAAUCUCUAACACUCUAUGAAAAUCGUCUGUCGGAAUUAACAUCUGGGAUGUUCGAUAAUCUCACUGAAUUGCAAGAGUUGCAUUUGUAUGCGAAUGCAAUUGAAACGGUAGAUAAAGAAACAUUCUACAAUUUACCAAAAUUAAAUGUGCUGACCCUACAUAGAAAUGGAAUAAAAACAUUACCUGAGGGAUUAUUUCUCUAUUUGCCUUCGUUAACUAAACUGACAAUAUAUGGUAACCCUUUAACCGAACUUCCCAGUGUGCUUUUUUGCAAAAUGGAGAAUCUCACCAAUUUGUGGCUUUAUCGCACAAAUCUCAUGACAAUACCCAAUUUUGUUUUUAGUAAUCUAACUGAUCUAAAGUUAUUGGUAUUAACCCAAAACCAAAAGCUUCAGAGUCUUCCAAAAGAUGCAUUCAGUGGUCUGAGUAAACUUCAGGAGCUGGCUUUGCAUUCAAACAGUUUGGAAUUUCUUGUUGAGGGCUUGUUCCAGGAUCUUCAGCAGCUACAAACUCUAUCUCUAUAUAGCAAUAAAUUGAAGGAUCUUCCUGAGAAUCUGUUUCAUCCUCUUAUAAACCUUGAAAAUGCGUACCUAAAUAAAAGUGAACUAAUGACUUUGCCGGGGACCUUCUUUAAGUCCUUGACCAAGCUUAAAAAGGUCCGUCUUGAUGGCAACCAGCUACAACCUCCUGUGAUGAUUGACAUCCAGUGCUUCAAGUCUCUCUCUCCUGGUUGA